GUGACUUGUCAUGCAGAGGAAGGCAGUACACUGGCCUUUGUUUUCAGGCUCGGAGGGAUGGAACAGAGAGUUUCUUUGGUUGGGAAAUUCCUAACCUUGGGGUGCAGUUGAGCAACGUCCCCCUGCUGGUUAAAUGUCCCUGAGUUUUGCAGCGUUUCACCAGAGGAGAGGGCCCAACACUGAGGUGCACAUAAUGAAGGUGGAUUUGUCAUCUUUGGCUCUGCUGCUCCUUUUCCUCCCUGCAAUUUGUUGUCAACAGCCUGUGAACUGCAGAUGGGGGCCGUAUGGAGAGUGGUCCGAGUGUGACGGCUGCCUCAAAGCAAAGGUCCGCACGCGCCAUGUGGAGGUUUAUGCUCAAUACAGGGGUGCGCCCUGCUCAGGAGAAGCUGCUCAGACGCAGACGUGUGUCCCACAGAAAAGUUGUCCUCUGGAAACCGAGUGUGGAGAAAGGUUCCGCUGCACCUCCGGCCAGUGCAUCAGCCGGUCCCUGGUGUGUAACGGAGACCAGGACUGCGAGGACGGCCUCGACGAGAGAGGCUGUGACUUGGACAGCAGCCACUACUCAUGUGACAUGGACAAAACGCCCCCCAACUCCGACUUCACAGGCCGGGGGUACGACGUGCUGACAGGAAAACUGAGAGGUGGUGUCAUUAACACCGUGAGCUUUGGAGGCCAGUGCAGGAAGGUGUUCAGUGGAGACCAUAAGGUUUAUUACAGGCUGCCCCAGAGCAUCCUCAGGUACAACUUUGAGGUGACAGUCAACAACGAGGAGGCGGACGAGUCCUACGAGAGCUCCUGGUCGUACAUGCAGCACAUCACCUCCAACGCCUUGUUCGGACACGACCGCCGCACCUUUCACAAAGAGCUCACUGACAAUAAGGCUCACAGACUCCUGAUCCUGAAGGAUCAUGUGGAGCUGGCCCAGUUCCAAAACUCGGCUCCCCAGUAUGUGACUCUGGCUGAGGGCUUCUGGAGGGCCUUGGCCUCCCUGCCGCUCACCUACGACUACUCAGCCUAUCGCCAGGUGCUGCAGAUGUACGGGACGCACUACAUGUCAGAGGGCUCCCUCGGGGGCCAGUACCAAGCCCUGCUGGAGUUUGACCGGCAGGCGCUCGAAUCAACCAGUACAACAGACAGAGAAUAUCAAAGGUGCUGGAGGAAAGUGAAACGCCGCUGGUUCAGGAAGAAAGUCACAACCACGUGCGAAAAACUGACUCAGGCUUUGAAAUCCAGUUAUGGACACACCACAAACAAGAUGCCCUUCAAGACCAGCGUCCUCGGCGGCGAUCCAGCCUUUAUAGCUGCCCUGAGUGUGAUGGAUGUGGAAAACCCAGAGGCUAACGGAGAGAUCUAUGACCGCUGGGCCUCGUCUGUCAAAGACUUCCCCGAAGUCAUCAACCAGAAGCUCCGUCCUCUGCAUGAGUUGGUGAAGGAGGUUCAGUGUGCUGGCUUGAAGAAGCUCCAUCUGAAAAGAGCCACAGAGGAGUACCUGGCAGAGGAGCACCCCUGUCACUGUCGCCCCUGCCAAAACAACGGCCAGCCGCUGCUGACGGGCACCGAGUGUCGAUGUGUCUGCAAGCCCGGCACCUCAGGACAGGCGUGUGAGAAAGGUGCUGUCAUUGGAGAGCAAGCAGGGGUGAUUCAUGGCAGUUGGAGCUGCUGGUCAUCUUGGGGCUCUUGCUCUGGAGGUCAAAGGUCAAGGACCCGCAGCUGUAAUAACCCUGCCCCCAGCAGAGGAGGCCGCCACUGUAUCGGGCUGGGAGCGGAGCAGAAGCCAUGCGAGGAGCCAGAUAUCCAGUACUUAAAGACGAUGGAGCCUCAGUGCUUCGGUCUCUCCGUCAGCCCACCCAAGACAUGCGGCGCCCCUCCAAACCUCAGGAAUGGAUUCAUUCUGAAUCCCAAAGAUAUUUACCUCGUAGGAAAUACAAUACAGUACUCCUGCAUAGAGGGUCAUUAUCUCAGUGGAGGGGCCGUGGCUGAAUGUACUGAAAGUCAGCAGUGGAAAACAGGACCAAUGGACUGCAAAAGCGCCACAUGUUGGUAUCCUUCACUCCACAGUGAGGUCACAGUCACCCCAACCAAAGACGCCUAUGGGAUUGGAGACAGCGUGUCCCUGUCCUGCCCCGAGGGGACGACGCUGGAGGGCGAGGUGACAGAGACCAUGUGCAGUCCCAGCCUCCAGUGGUCUCCUUCUCCAGAGGGUGUGCGGUGUGUACAAGUGCCAACAGCUCCCUCCCCUCCAUCUGGCCUGAAGUGUAAACCAUGGGAGACUCCAGGAAAGACCCAGUGUGUGUGCAGGAUGCCACACCAGUGCCAGCCUUCAUUACAGUUGUGUGCCAGACUUGGCUCAGGACAACCUCGCUUACUGGGCAUGUGCCAGCUGGGGGCGCUGCAGUGCCUGGGGCGGAACUUCACUUUGGCCAGCGACGGGGACUGUGAUUGGCCGGAUGACACGUUCACUUCCUGUCAAAAGUGCAAACCAGGAGAAGUCUGUAAUGAAUCAGCUGCAAAAUGUGAAUGCCAAAACCCCACGGACUGUCCCAAAGACUCCGCCCACCUGUGCGUUACCGUGGGAGACGACAGCGCCGCCACGACGAUGACAGAGUGUGAGGUUGGGGCCAGAAGGUGUGCAGGCGAGCAGGUCAAGGUGGUCGCUAUCGAGGCGUGCUCCGAGUAGAGACGGCUGUUUUGUUUCACUAACCCAUCUCACAUCGCACAUAAAAUAGGAUUUUUCUUUUUUAAAUCUUUUAUCUUUUAGUUUUAUAUCGUUGCUUGAAAUGUAUAUAGAAAGAAAUAAUAUUGUUUUCUAACAAUUAAAUGUUGUAAAUAUAUUUCUGUGCUUCUUUUUAGUAUUUCUAAUGAAAAAUGUGAAGACAGUAGCAUCUUUAAUAUGGAUUAAGUUUCUCUAGUCGUUUAGCUGAUCUGCUACUGAUGGCAAAAUCAGUUCCUUUGAUGAAUAUUGUUGUGUUUUUGUAUGUUGAUAACACAAAUGUUAAUAAAAGCAAACUUUUCAAAAUGUUUCAUAGGUGUACACAUACUAAAAUGAAACCAAAUAACCUGCAAAAUAUCAAAUAUUUAAAAACAGAUAUCAUAAACUAGGGACUCAAACGUUAUUUUCAGUUUCUGUUUUAGUUGCAGACCAAACACAUUUCAUGCCAAACAUUCACAAUGUAUGUCAACUUAUACUGUGUACACAUGAUU